AUGCCCCCCCACAAGGCCGGUCUUCUUUUUGUGAACAAGACGCCCGAGUCAAAGUCUCUCUCCAACAGCAAAGGCGACGUCGAGAGUUCGCGUCAGAUCCACAAGCAUGUCCAGAAAUCCCGAGACUAUGAACAAGAGAAAGAAACCCGAAGGAAACUGAAGAGGGCGAGGCUGUUCUCCCUGGGAUGGACUCCUGUUUCGGUCGCUCCCAGGCAAACGCCCGCCUCGGAACCUCCCCCCGUGCUUUCAGACGCGCCUCCCAGCAAGGGGGCCCAUUCUGUCGCCCUUAGACCCCACGUACAUCGGCAGCGCGAGGCGGACGCUGAUUGCUGCACCACUCCAGAUAGACCCAAGAAUCAUGUUCCAGAGGUCUCGCUUGUCAUUCCUUCAUGGGGUUCGCUGGAUCCGUUUGGCCAGUUCAGAGUCCCCAUGAACCUCGAGAAGCACCGCAUCCUUGAGUACUUCGUCCUGAGGUUCUUCCCUGCAGUGACGCGAAGCGAUGUAGUCGCAUUCAUGGGCCACACCCGAGCAUCUUCAUCAAGUCCUGCCGUGCAAGCUGUCCGCCGAGCCACAACCAACGAAUUGCAUGUCCUUGCACUCUUGGCUGCCGCCAGUGCUCGAAUGAAGUUUGUUGAUCGAUAUCAUUUUUCCCGCGCGGAUCUACCCGAGCGGCUGGCAGAUGCGACUCUUCGACUCCUGAGGAGCUAUUUGAGCCAAGCGCGACCAAUCACCCAUGAGUUGGUGCAAAGCAUCCUAUAUUUGUGGACCGUGGAGAGCUAUCGAAGAAAUUGGGAGGCCGUCCGGACGCAUGGGAAGAUGAUCAUGUUUCUCUGCAAUGCUCACCUUGGUGGCUUCCGGAACUUGGAUCCUUAUAUGCGCCGCAUGCUGUGGGUGGCGGAUCGUUUCCAGGCGGCUGCCACACAGACUCCACCCUUGAUCCAAGAGAGAUGGGAGACUGAAGAGCUGACGCCGCAGCAGUAUACCUGUGCGGUGGCCGCCUUGCGUGAACAUCGCCGCCAGCCAAUGGGAUAUGGUUUUACGGAAACAAAUAGCGUCUUCAGUGAGGAUUUUCAACGUCUUCUAGAUGCUGUCCUGGAGCUUUGCUGUGUCAUUCAUUGUCAUUGGGCCGGCAUUGCCGAGAAAACACUCGUCCCAAAACAAGACUGGGCUGUUGCUCGAAGCUAUUUCGUGGCAGACGAAUUGAUUAACUUUAAAGACAGCGUUGGCGGGGAAGGCCCCGAAAGCCCCGUUUCUGGAGAACCGAAUUUCCAGGACUGCGUUCGCCUGGCUUUGAUCGUUUGGAUGGCAUUCGUGCCAGCGUGUGUACCAUAUGCUGUCAGUGCAGGACAAGUUACACUGCGCGCGGCCGUCGACGCGAGAUCUUUGCGGCACAGACUGGGGCGGAUCAUUUCGAGUCUGCAGGAACAUCCGGCUAGUGUGAAAGAACAAGCUAUGCUCCUGUGGGUUGCCGGCUUGGGUGCUGUUGCGAGCGAGUUGGUCGACAAUCAAGAAUGGUUCGCGGUGCAUUUCCAGAGACUUGCAAAGACGCUCGGCAUAUUUUCUUGGGAAGACUUUAAGCCGAUCCAGGAGAGAUUCUUGCUCCUGGAUCACCUGAAACCAGGCAGCGUGGUGAAACUGACGUGGCUCUUACAGCGAGCUGUGCAUGCUGACCUUGGAGGCUGA